CUCGGUUAUAUCUGUUUCUAAGUGCUCUGUUUUGGAUUUUGUUUUUUGAAAUGUUUUGAUGCAUAUUCAAUUUGAUUUUUUUGAACGUUACUAGAAUUAUUAAGUGGGGUUGUGCCUUAUCUUUUAAUAAGUUUUUGGACAUUUUUGCAUGAGCUUUGUUUUGGUUUUUCUUUUGCAAUUUAAAUUUUACGGUGGCUGCUCUGUUCUCAUUUUAUUUUGCUGAAUUUUAUCAGAUGUAGAAACCUUUAAUUUUGGACUCCCUUGCAUGUUUUUGUUGAAGUGAUACUUUCCUCAUUUCUCAUUUUCCCCUUUUUAUUUAUCUUAUUUAUAUUCCUGUAUUCUUCUUUCUUGUCAGUGUUUGUGAUUAUAUUCAUUGAUCAAUAUAUCUGAUUAUGUUUUCUACUUUUGGGAAAGAAUACGAUCUUCUUGGGAUGUUCUAAACGAGAUUCACAUUUCAGCCUUUCAUCGAUUUAAGAUGUUGAAUCGUUCUAUUACUCAUCAAGACACGGAAAAAAAAAUAGAGGUUUUAUUUUGAAUUUUAUACUUAUAAAAUAAUGCUAACUUUUAGCUGUCAAAAGAAAAUUUGGAAUCUGGCAGGAAACAAGUUCUUGUCUAGUUUUCUAAUAGUUUAAGGAGAAAUGUAAUAACGCUCGAGUAAAUUUUCUACCUUACUAGACUUUAAAGAAUGCAGGUACGCUUGCAUGCUAGCACGUGUAACUUGUUGAAAGAAACACACUUUUUACUGAAAGAAGAAGGAAAUGAAGCAAUGCCAGAAAAUGUAAUGUGAAAUGGGAUUUAUCUCUGCUGUCAGUUUAAGCGAGAAGUAUGAAGGGAACACUUUCAAGGUACAACGAGUGUCUAGAUUCUCCCGAGGCUGCAUUAGUAGAAUACAAAGCAGAGUUGUGUUUACAGCAUACUGGGGAUUGAUGCAUUGGACUUUCUUUUUUCUUCAGAAGCAAGAUUCAAAGGAGGUAGAUGUUCUCAAAGAUGAAAUCUCAAAGCUACACGUGAAACACUUACGGCUGUUGGGUAAGGACCUGACUGGCUUGGGCUUAAAAGAACUGCAGCAGCUUGAACAGCAAUUAAGUGAAGGGUUAUUGUCUGUGAAGGAGAGGAAGGAACAAUUACUGAUGGAGCAGCUGGAGCAAUCAAGGAUGCAGGAGCAGCAGACCAUGCUGGAGAAUGAAACUUUGCGCAGACAGGUUGAGGAGCUUCGAGGUUUCUUUCCACCAGCUGACCACCCUGUCCCAUCUUAUCGUGAUUAUUAUCCUGUAAAAAUGCAAAAUACCCUCGCAGAUCAUGGUGUUGGGAGUCCUGAAGUGCACUACAAUUACCAAAUGCAGAAAGAAGAUUCAGACAUUACCUUGCACUUGGGGUUGCCAAUUGAUGUUUAUAGCAAGAUGAAGGAACCAGAGACAGGGAUCCUUUCCAAUGAUUCAGGGAGUCAAAUGGCCAUCUUCUGAUCUCGUUAUUCCUGGGCACCUGGUCAUCUCCUUUCGAUUACAACAUAACAGAUGGAGCUGACUUCAUAGAGUUGUCUAGUUUUAGCAGUUUUUGCUAUUACACCUUUCCAUGCCAUGUAAAAGGGAAAAAAAGGAGAGACUACUAGGAUUCCUAGGUGGAUGAUACAAGAUGGUCCCUUGUAGAAGGUUUGGCUGAUGGGGAUGCAAAAUUGGUAGCUGUUUUUACCAGUUUUUAUCGCAAUUCUAAUACACAUUGCAAAAUAUAGUAGCAUUCUGUUUUAGUUUGUCAGAAGGGGCCUGAUUUUUUUCA